CGGUGUGGCCGACAUGGCCGACAUGGCGGCUUCCGGCGGAGCCAGGCCCAGGUGAGGCGGCCCGCGCUCCUUGUCCGUGUCUCCCUCUCCUUCCCUCAAUCGCCGCUGUCGCGACCAUGUCGAGCCUCGGGAGCAAACGAGUGGCCGGAGAUGGGGGAUCGGGACCCCCGGAGAAGAAGCCGAACCGCGAGGAGAAGACCACGACCACCCUCAUCGAGCCCAUCCGCCUCGGGGGCAUCUCCUCCACGGAGGAGAUGGACCUGAAAGUGUUGCAGUUCAAGAACAAGAAGCUGGCAGAACGGCUGGAGCAACGGCAGGCCUGCGAAGAUGAGCUGCGAGAGCGCAUUGAAAAAUUGGAGAAACGGCAGGCCACUGACGACGCCACCCUGCUCAUUGUCAACCGCUAUUGGGCCCAGCUGGAUGAAACCGUGGAGGUUCUCCUCCGACACCACGAGAGCCGGGGGGAGCUGCCUUCCAGGACGGAGGAGCCGGGAACCCAGGAGUGCCCAGACCCCGAUGGGGCCCCCGUGGCCGAGGCGGGAACCCCGGAGAGGCGAGAGCCUCCGGUCCCCCAGCUCCGGCCCCCGCUUAGCGAACCGGCCCUGGCCUUCCUGGAGGCCCUGGGGGCCAGCAGCAGCGAGGAAGUGGAACUCCAGCUGCAGGGUCGCAUGGAGUUCUCCAAGGCAGCCGUGUCCCGGGUGGUCGAGGCCUCGGACCGCCUCCAGCGUCAGGUGGAGGAGCUCUGCCUGCGGGCCCAAAGCCGAGGUGAAUCUGAGCUGCUUGGAGACGGAGCUCGGACUUUCAGCAAGGAGCUCGGCCGCGAGAACCGGCGGCUGCAGGAUUUGGCCACCCAGCUCCAGGAGAAGCACCACAGGAUCUCUCUGGAGUACUCGGAGCUGCAAGACAAGGUGACGUCGGCCGAGACCAAGGUGCUGGAGAUGGAGACUUCAGUGGAGGACCUGCAGUGGGACAUCGAGAAGCUGCGCAAGCGCGAGCAAAAGCUUAACAAGCAUCUGGCCGAGGCCCUGGAGCAGCUCAACUCGGGGUACUAUGUGUCGGGGAGCUCCGGCGGUUUCCAGGGCGGGCAGAUCACCCUGAGCAUGCAGAAGUUCGAGAUGCUGAACACGGAACUGGAGGAGAACCAGGAGCUGGCUAACAGCCGCAUGGCUGAACUGGAGAAGCUGCAAGGGGAGCUGCAAGGAGCCGUGCGCGGCAACGAGCGGCUCAAGGUAGCCCUGCGGAGCCUGCCGGAAGAAGUGGUGCGGGAGACCGGCGAGUACCGUCUGCUGCAGGCGCAGUUCUCCCUGCUCUAUAACGAGUCCCUCCAAGUGAAGACCCAGCUGGACGAAGCCCGGGGACUGCUGCUGGCAACCAAGAACUCUCACCUCAGGCAUAUCGAGCACAUGGAGAGCGACGAGCUGGGCCUGCAGAAGAAGCUGCGGACGGAGGUCAUCCAGCUGGAGGACACGCUGGCCCAGGUGCGCAAAGAGUAUGAGAUGCUGAGAAUCGAGUUUGAGCAGAACCUGGCAGCCAAUGAGCAGGCGGGGCCCAUUAACCGGGAGAUGCGUCACCUGAUCAGCAGCCUCCAGAACCACAACCACCAGCUGAAGGGCGAUGCCCAGCGCUAUAAACGGAAGCUGAGGGAGGUGCAGGCCGAAAUCGGCAAGCUCCGGGUCCAGGCCAGCGGCCCUGCCCCUUCAGCCCCGCCCCCGGUCGCCACGGAGGAGCCCGGGACCAGUGCCGGGGGGGCUCCUUUGAAGGAGGAGGAGGGGGGUGCGGGAGGGCCGGCCCCCCUCCAGGAGACCAAAAAGGAAACGGUCCUUUCUUCCUCCGGGCCUCCGGCCUUACUGCUGGCCAGCGUGAAGAAGGAGGAGACCCCCGCCUCUGAAGAAGAGCCGGCUUCCACAUCGGCACCAGCCCCACCCCCUCCGCCCCAAGCACCCCCUCCCAGGGUCCGGGAAGCGGAGCCCCGGGCUAAGCGGGAAAGGGAGGGGUCGGUCUCUGGGCCGUCUACUUCUUCCUCGUCCUCCCGGGGGGAGCGGGACAAGGUCAAGGCUGAGGAGAGCAAGAGGAAGGACUCGGAGCUGCUGAAAGGAUUGCGAGGGGAGCUGAAGAAGGCCCAGGAGAGUCAGAAGGAGAUGAAGCUGCUGCUGGACAUGUACAAAUCGGCGCCCAAGGAGCAGCGAGACAAGGUGCAGCUCAUGGCCGCGGAACGCAAGGCCAAAGCCGAGGUCGAGGAGCUGCGGGUCCGCAUCCGGGACCUAGAAGAGAAAGAGAGGAAGGAGAGCAAGAAGCUGGCGGACGAAGAUGCCCUGCGCAGGAUCCGCCUGGCCGAGGAGCAGAUCGAGCACCUGCAGCGGAAGCUCGGGGCCACCAAGCAGGAGGAGGAGGCUCUGCUGUCUGAGAUGGACGUGACCGGCCAGGCCUUCGAGGACAUGCAGGAGCAGAACGGCCGCCUGCUGCAGCAGCUGCGGGAGAAGGACGACGCCAACUUCAAGCUGAUGUCGGAGCGGAUCAAGUCCAACCAGAUCCACAAGCUGCUGCGCGAGGAGAAGGACGAACUGGGCGAGCAGGUGCUGGGCCUCAAAUCGCAGGUGGAUGCCCAGCUGCUGGUGGUGCAGAAACUGGAGGAGAAAGAGCGGGUGCUCCAGGGCAGCCUCGGCGGGGUGGAGAAGGAGCUGACGCUGCGGAGCCAGGCUCUGGAGCUCAACAAGAGAAAGGCGGUGGAGGCCGCCCAGCUGGCCGAGGAUCUGAAAGUGCAACUGGAGCACGUGCAGAGCCGGCUCCGGGAGAUCCAGCCCUGCCUGGCGGAGAGCCGGGCCGCCCGCGAGAAGGAGAGCUUCAACCUCAAGAGGGCCCAGGAGGACAUCUCGCGACUGCGGAGGAAGCUGGAGAAGCAGAAGAAGGUGGAGGUUUACGCCGAUGCGGACGAGAUCUUGCAGGAGGAGAUAAAGGAAUACAAGGCUCGGCUCACCUGCCCCUGCUGUAACACGCGGAAGAAGGAUGCCGUCCUCACCAAGUGCUUCCACGUCUUCUGCUUCGAGUGCGUCCGGGGCCGCUACGAGGCGCGGCAGAGGAAGUGCCCCAAGUGCAAUGCCGCUUUCGGGGCCCACGACUUCCACCGCGUCUACAUCAGCUGAGGAAGUAGGACUCGGAGGGGACGGGACUUCCCAGUUUCCGUGGUACAGACCGGCCGAGCCGGGUGUCCGGGUCGAAGCCUGCCUUUCCUCCUCGCUGUCCUCCGCUGCGACGGCUGAACCCGGGGCUGAGCCGCCCGGCCCGCCAAGACUCAGAAUCUAGAUUUUGGGACCGACGCCGUCACCCCCGCCCCCCCCACCACUCCUUCCCCUCCCCAAAACUCCUUCACCGCUCACUCCCCACCCCGUGGCCCCAUAAAAGUGUUUUUGCUCAUCCGCCUCUCGGCUUUUUCCCCACCCAAUCUUCCUGGCCUCACCUCUUCCCCCAAUUCCGCUUCCAGCUCUUUAUAAGGCUCUUUCACCCGCCGCAAUUUCCAGCCUUUCACCUAGUGGGACCAGAACCACGGACCAGGUGAAUUUGUUUUCGUACUUUCUCCUUCUCCCCAGCCCCUUAUUUAUUUUCCCACCGAAAUGGUUGCUGGCACACGUCCAUCUUGAGAGACCCCAAGGAUCUGCGGGCCCCCCCGACCACGGCGCCGCGAGAAAGGCGCUCGUUUGACGGUGCCCACGGAGCCGCCACGAGCCGACCUCACCAUCCCUCCGCGGCCCGGUUUCCCCUCGCCUUCCCUCCCGCUCUCUGGGUUCAAACGGUGCAUUGCAGCAGGAAGCAAACUCAGCCCGUCUUUCCCGGGUUGGGGGCUUCUGAGGCUGGCAAGGUGGAAGGUUUUUUUUUCACACACGGGGUAUUUGAAGGACCCCUCCUUAGUGUUUUCCUUACAUUCCUUCAACGUGGAGGGUCUCUUCUGUGGAAGGCUGGAAGGCCGUUUCUGAACCGAACUACAUUUCUUUGCACCCAAGGGGCCUUUCUGGGAUCUUAACUUUCCAUAUGUCUCCUCACUCGGGGUUCCCGUCGUGGCCUUUCUCCCCUGCAGGUUUUUGUAACGGGACUUGAGGCCGGAGGGGUUGGCGGAGCUUUUUGCCGAGAACGGGGAAUGAAAGAGGCGGGGGUCCCCCCUCCGGGUUCUCGGUUGCGCCGUGCCGCUCGGAUUAAACCCUGUACUGCAGUCGGAUCUCGGAUUUCUGACCAGAAUGAGUUGUCUGCUGGGGAGAACUCACACCUGCUCCAAACGCAAAAAGCGUGGGAAAGAGGGUUGUUUUUUUUUCAUAGAGUCCUUUGGACCCU